AUGAGUUGGAAAGGCUUUACCAAGGGCAUCACACGCGCCCCUCAACAGGUCAAAGCAAAAUUCAAUCUCGGCGAAGUCUCAAAAGAUGCCGUAUACAUCGAUGCCGAACGGCGCUUCGAGGAGCUAGAAAAGGAAACGAAGAAGCUGCACGAUGAGUCCAAGAAGUACUUUGACGCCAUCAAUGGCAUGCUGAGCCACCAGAUCGAGUUCUCCAAAGCCAUCCAAGAAAUCUACAAGCCCAUUUCCGGUCGCAUGUCGGACCCCGACUCGUUCAUAUCAGAAGGCAACCCCGAAGGCAUCCGCGCAUGUGAGGAAUAUGAGGCUAUCGUGAAGGACCUGCAGGAGCAGCUCGCCCCCGAGCUGGAGAUGAUUGAGACGCGUGUGAUCAGGCCGGCCGACGAGCUUAUGGAGAUAAUCAAGGUUAUCCGGAAGCUUGCUGUCAAGAGAGAUCACAAGCAGCUCGACUAUGAUCGCCACCGGGCCACCCUCAAGAAGCUGCAGGAAAAGAAGGACAGAUCCCUCAAGGAUGAGAAGGCACUCUACAGGGCAGAGAACGACGUGGAGCUGGCAACGCAGGAAUACAACUACUUCAACGACCUGCUCAAGGACGAGCUGCCCAAGCUCUUUGCCCUAGAGCGGGAGUUCAUCAAGCCGCUCUUUCAGUCAUUCUACUACAUGCAGCUUAACGUUUUCUACACCUUGCACGAAAAGAUGCAGAAUAUGGACAUUGGAUAUUUCAACCUCCAGCUGGACAUCGAGGCUGGCUUUGAGGAGAAGCGGGGCGACAUCAAGGAGCAGGCGGAGGCUCUCGCAAUCACAAAGUUCAAGACAACCGGCGGAGUCAGGCGGCCGCCGGCACUCAAGUACGGCCAGCAGAAGCAGCUUGCCAUCGAGGGCAACACCUCGUCGCCAAGCCGCCGUCUCACGAUGGACUCCGCAGACACUCAGGCACCGCCCCCGUACAGCAGCGCGCUGGCCUCACCCACCGUCGCGAACAGCCUCAGCGCCGGUGGCACCGACAUCAAGCGUUCUGCCAGCACCGGCAGCAACUGGGGUGCUCUGGCCAAGUCCAAGGGCGCCGCCCCUCCGCCCCCGAAGCCCAAGCCCGCUCGUUUCAGCGGCGCCCCUGCAGUAGAAACAUGUACCGCACUGUACGAUUACGAGGCACAGGCAGAGGGAGAUCUCAGCUUCACGACCGGCGAGGUCAUCGAAAUCGUGAGCAGAACGCAGAGCGAGAACGAGUGGUGGACAGGAAAGGUGAACGGACGGCAGGGGCAGUUCCCAGGCAACUAUGUACGCUUGAACUCUUAG